CAGAGUAAUUAACAAAGUAAAAUGCCGUACGCUAAUCAGCCGUCGGUUCAUAUCUCGGACUUAACCGAAGAAAAUGUUAAAUUUCAAGUCGAGGAUACGAAUUUGAGCGUUGCAAAUAGCAUGAGACGAGUUUUCAUUGCCGAGACCCCUACUAUGGCCAUUGACUGGAUACAGCUGGAAGCUAAUUCUACAGUACUGAGUGAUGAGUUCUUAGCACACAGAAUUGGAAUGAUACCAUUGAUCAGUGACGAUGUGGUUGACAGGAUACAAUAUACCAGAGAUUGCUCGUGCAUGGAUUUUUGUCCGGAAUGUAGUGUAGAAUUUACAUUGGAUGUCAAAUGUACAGAAGAUACAACCAGACAUGUGACAACAGCAGAUCUUAAAUCUAGCGAUCCUAGAGUUUUACCUGUUACAUCAAGACACAGAGAAGAUGAAACAAAUGAAUAUGGAGAAUCCGAUGAAAUAUUAAUAGUAAAACUAAGAAAGGGCCAGGAGCUCAAACUCAGAGCAUAUGCGAAAAAAGGUUUUGGAAAGGAACAUGCAAAAUGGAAUCCAACUGCAGGUGUAAGCUUUGAAUAUGAUCCGGACAAUGCUAUGAGACAUACUUUAUAUCCUAAGCCAGAUGAAUGGCCCAAAUCAGAAUACAGCGAACUGGAAGAAGAUCAGUAUGAAGCAUCAUUUGAUUGGGAAGCCAAACCCAACAAAUAUUAUUUCAACGUAGAAAGCAGCGGUGCCUUAAAGCCUGAAAAUAUCGUUAUGAUGGGAAUUGCUGCGUUAAAAAACAAAUUAUCAAAUUUACAGACACAAUUGAGUCAUGAAGUGCAAAGUGAUGCAUUAAGUAUACAUCAUUAGAGCUUCAGUGAUUUCUCCGCUAAAUUUAUAAAAUUAACUUGGUCUGUAUAUUUUUAUGAAGUAAGAUUACCAAGUUUUGUUUUAUCAUCAUUUCUUAGAAGUCACAAAAAAUACAUCAACAACGAAAUCGUGUAUUAUCAACCAAAUUGACUCGGAUGAAGCGUUGGAGUGUGUGCUAUGUUGCCAAUGCUUUAUUUGAGUCUUUGAUGAACUAGUGUUUUUUUUUUUUUUUUUUCAAUUAUAUUAGUCCUGCCAUAUACUUCCAUUACUAUCAUAUAUUAUUACGAUGUAUUUUAUAUACAACAUGACACUGGUAUUAAUGUAAAUGUAUGCAUUCAGUAAUGAUACACUCAAUGUUUAUU